AUUCACAACAGCCAAUCACAAGUAUCGACAUUUUUUUACUCUUAGCCGAGCUUCGUGUUUUUCACCGACGCCAUUUUGAAGUUCAGUAUGAUUUAAUUUGGCCUACUAGUUGUACAUGGAUUACAGUCUGUUUGUGGUGGAUGAUACAUAAUUACUAGACGUAAACUGUGCGCAAAUAUCAGAUUGAUCCGUGGCCGUUGAAGAGGAAAAUUUUGACGUUUUCAAUCUCCGUCUGUAAAGUGUGUCAGUAUAUCCGUGAGACGUGGUAAGUCACGUGACAUGUGAAAUUAACACACUUCUACUAAGAUUUUAGACAAAAAUUAUAUGUAAUACUCUUUUUUAAUUAAAAAAUGUAACUGUAAUUUAAAAAAACGAUUUGAUUGCUGCAAAAAACGCGUUAUUUUGAUUACCGAACAAAAUAGUUCCGUUUUCAUAUUAGGUUUGUUUGAAUGGAGUAAGUGACGCUAUUCGCGUCUGGAGACUUUGACCAUGAUAAAUAUUGGUUUUAAGAUCAUGAUUGAAGAACAUGAAAAAUUUAAAAAACCGCUUCAUGUGAUGAUCUAAGGAGUACUAACUAAGAUACUGCUUUCUAUAUCAUUGGCUCGAGCUUUGAUGAGCAUUUACAAUUAAUCGAUUUGUAAAAUGAAAUUUUUUUUUUCAGAAUGGAAAAAGUUGAAUGCACUGGACGUCCGUACAAUUAAAAUUCUGGCUGUCCGGCCCAAAUGGCCCCAGCGCUAACGAAUGAGGUUGAGAAGAAUAAUUCUUCAGCUAUAAAAUUGAAGGUGUUGGAAUAUUAUUCUGCCUCAAUCUUCAAUUCUGAACUAGCUGGAUUUAAAAUGAACGAAAUCAACCACGAUGUUGAAUCUCGACCUCAAAAUGACCAAGUCGAGGAAGAGCCAGUUGACGUUCGCCUCCGAAAACUUCGAUCGAAACAGGAAGCGAUCAGUAGACGGUUAAAAAACUUGCAGUUGCAGCAGCUACUUCCACAUAUUAAUUCUCAACUGACUCAUUUCGUCCAGUCGCAAAAGUCUAAAUUACAAAAUGCUGCUUCACUGAAUCAACAAGCGUUGCAACCGGAGUUAGAGCAUGGACAAAUGAAAAAUUUGCCCACAAAUGAACUUGUAAAACUUGUUAGAAUUCAACAAAAAAAUCAAAAAUCUAACAGUGAAAAUUCACCCAUUGUAAAAUUAGAUGGGAGGCAAUGUGAAAGGUUGGAUGAAUUAACUGGAAGACUUUCUUAUUAUGCUGCUCAUCAUCGCGAGAGAACAGAUCCAGACGCAACGGAUAGUUCAACAGAUGCCGAAAGCUCAGACGACACUGAUAUCUUUGAUCCUGCCCUGGAAGCCUAUGCUAAAAUGAGAAGAAUUCACAUACGUUCUCGAGCGGAUUUUACAUGGAGUAGAGAAAGAGCCUCGGUUGCAGCGCGCUGGUCGUGGUAUCGUGCCCAGGUAUCGGACCUUGAAUAUAGAGUUCGCCAUAAUGCUGAUUUGUAUCGGCGAUGUCGGAAAGAGAAACAACCUAUAAUUCUACAAGAGCCGGCAAUCGUUAGUAAAAUAAUCAACGUACCAGCAAAGCAGGCGGCUGAAGAAGGUUCGUCAAACGAAACGUCCUUUAGUCCUUUAGAUAUUUGCGGUAAACCAACAGUUCCGGUCGUUCCAAAUGGAUUGAGAAAUCAUCUCUCUUAUUCUAUUGUAUCUGAUGUUUCGGAACAAUGUGCACGUCAUAAAACUUUAAAGCAACCAUUGCUCAAAAACCGGAAAUUAAUAAGGACUUGCGACGUUUCCAAUACUUCCAACGAAAAAUUGCCGUUGAUUCGUCUUAGAGCGAAUCGAUUAUCAACGAUAAAUUGCCGCUGUUUGACGUUUAAUGAAACGUAUCAAUACGGUGCAUCACAUAAAACGGCUCCAUCAGUGUGUCUUGUUUGUAAUGGACGUCGAAAUCAUAAAGAUUCGGUUUCUCCCAGUAGACAAUCACGACCAGUUAGAAUAUCUCUUCUAGAUCAAGCAUAUCAUCCUGUUUUGGGAACAAACCAAGAUAUUGCUGCUCCUUUAGUGUUUAACGAACUACAGAGAUCUGGAAAAUAUAGAAAGUUCCAGAGUGCAGUGAAAAGGGAUUUACUGCUAGCCAACUCAACAACAACCGACAAAAAACGAAAGAAUAGACAAGACAAAAUUCGAAGAACAGUGGGAGCCAAUUCUAAAGCGAAUUCAGUCGCUAUGAAAAUACGAAAUAAAUAUGGAAAAGAUGCAGUUAAGAAUUGGCGGAACAAAAAUUUCCAUAAAAGUUCUUCCCUUCCAAAAUCGAUUGGACGAGUCGAUUCGUCAGGUGAACAAAGGGAAAGCUUCAACGAUGAUUGCCAUACUCCUAGCCACAUAAACAGAUCACGAUUAAGUUCUAGUAGCGCAUCACGAAAAGAAAGUGCUUUCGACAUUAAUAAUAUUGUGAUUCCUCAUCAUAUGGCUGCUUGCACUCGUUUGGAGCGUUUGAACUAUAAGGAAAUUUCAGUUCCGCUAUGGAAAAAAUUUGAUGAGGUUAAAAAUGGUUUUAGCGAUGAAGAAGUGUUUCCUCCGGAAGAGAAACGCCGAAAGAGCUCAGGAGAGGAAGAGGAGGUGGACGUGAUGUCUACAAACUCUCCCGUGAAAUUCCGUAAUCUAUCUCUAAAUGGCAAACGUACAGAGGAUGAAUAUUUUGCUGACAAUUCAUCUAAUGAAAGAUUUGAAAAGCUCUUAAUUGAUCAAGAAGAACUAGAAAGGCAAAAGUUUUCGAGAUUGUCCGCAGGAACAGAUGCUCGAAGACCUUCUCUAAGUGGGAGACAAUCAACAUUAGAAGGUGAUGAUACGAAUGAUGAACCAGUGUCACUUUCCAAUGAAAACAGUCAGGAAAUGACGGAAAGAAUUGAGAAUGGAAAUGUUUUGAAUGAAGAACGACCAUAUGACACAACCCCUUUUACAUCAAGAACGUUUCCUUUAAAAGAGGAAGAGUAUCAAGAAAUGAAGGACAUUGAUGCAGCAAUGACAAAUACAGCUAAUACCAUGGAAACAAGUCAAGUCAAACUUCCUUCAAGAGUUUCGGGAGCAAGACUGGAUUUUGUUUCUUCAGACGAGGAAGAAUAUAGCCCUUUUAAAUCAGUAAAUAAUGUUGUACCUUGCUGCGAUGCAAAUGAUGGAGAUGAAGAUGAUGAUGAUGAGGAUAUGGCCGAUCAUGUUACAGUAGAGUCUUCAACUGAAAAUCGAACGAUUGACUCUGAAACAGAAACAGAUGAAGAAGAAACAUUAAUGCGCAGUUAUGGGAGUUUGGACAUGAAAUCAACUCCUACAAGUGCAAAAUCCAGCAGGAACCGUUUAAAGUCAAACUCGACGAUCAGAAAAAAACAACCUAGCAAGAGUAAAAGAUAGAAAAUUAGGAACAUUCCCCUGUUGCUGUAGAAUAUAAUACUUGACCGUCAUUUCUUGAGUCUAUUUAGCUUCGUGUAUAUAUACAGGAGAGAUGGUGAACUAAAUAGAACGCAGACUCAUGUGAUAUGAAAAAUAAUAAUAACAAGAAACGCCGAUGUUUAGUAACCUGCAGUUAUAGAAACGCGUUUAGAGCAUGUUUCUUGCUUUGUCUUUAUUAUUGUAAUCGAUUUUUUUUCUACAUAAUGAAGGCGAGACCUGUGACUGAUUAUGUUGUAUAAACUUCAGUAAAUGGGUGUGUACAUAUAUAUUGCGUUGUAUAUUUGGGUUUUACUUGUAAAAAAAAUAUUUUCUGUUAUUAGUGUAUGUAUUCUCUUUGACUGUUUACGGCCACGACAAUUUUACUUUGUAAUAAAUGUUGACAAAAGAAUUUUAAACGGUUAAUGUAACUCCGUUUCCGUAUUGUUUGUUUACAGGAGUAGUUUGAAACCUACCCACAGAGUGGCAGCACUGCUUCAUUGUCAUUUUCGUAAGACGGUUCCUCAUUCUAAUUUUCAGAUACGCAC